AUGGUUCACGCAUUAGGGGGCAUUGUGGCCACUGGCCUCGUGGCUCUACUGGCACAUCCGCAGGCUGUCAUGGCUAAGGGUUCUACCGGAAAGCCAAUUGUGGCAGAUGGUACCUCAUUUGCCCUCAAUGGCAAUAGUGUCUCAUACCGGUUUCAUAUCGACAACACUACCGGUGAUCUGCUAGGAGACCACUUCGGAGGCUCCGUCGGGGCUGAUAUCCCUCUUGAGUCUGUUCAUGGCACCGCAGGUUGGGUUGGAGCCUCAGGACGUGUGCGCCGCGAGUUCCCAGACCAGGGACGAGGGGACUUCCGGCUCCCUGCGAUUCGCAUUCGCCAGUCAGAAGGCUAUACCGUGUCAGAAUUCCAGUACAAAUCGCACGAUAUUAUUGCAGGAAAACCCGCUCUGGCUGGUUUGCCGGCGACAAUGGGCUCAGAAGAUGAUGUUAGUACCCUGGUCGUUCAUCUGUAUGACAAGUACAGCGAUGUUGCUGCCGACCUCUCAUACUCGAUUUUCCCUGAGCACGAUGCCAUUGUGCGUAGCGUGAAUGUUACGAAUAAUGGAAAGGCCAAUAUCACAAUUGAGUCUCUGGCAAGUCUGAGUGUGGACCUGCCCCUUGGAGAUAUGGACAUGAUCAGUCUCCGCGGUGAUUGGGCAAGGGAGGCUCAUCGAGAGAGGAGAAAGGUCGAAUACGGCAUCCAAGGCUUUGGAAGUGCUACUGGUUACUCGUCUGCGCUCCACAAUCCGUUCUUGGCUUUGGUGGAUUCCACCACCACCGAGAGCCAUGGAGAGGCUUGGGGAUUUUCUCUUGUGUACACCGGAUCAUUCUCUGUGGACGUCGAGAAGGGCUCACAGGGCUUCACGCGCGCUCUCCUUGGAUUCAACCCUAGCCAGCUCUCUUGGACUCUGCCCCCCGGAGAGACUCUGACCUCCCCUGAGUGUGUGUCGGUAUACUCCCAAGAUGGUAUUGGUGGCAUGUCCCGCGCAUUGCAUCGCCUGUACCGCAACCAUCUCACCAAGAGCAAGUUUGCCAAGAGUGACCGUCCUCCUCUGCUCAACAGCUGGGAAGGACUGGGCUUCAACCUCAACGAGAGCAACAUCUACAAUCUGGCCAAGGAGUCCGCCGAGAUUGGUGCCAAGCUUUUUGUUCUGGAUGAUGGCUGGUUUGGCAAGGAAUAUCCCCGUACUUCCGAUACGGAGGGACUUGGCGACUGGGUACCGAAUCCAGACCGAUUCCCAGAUGGUCUGGAGCCCUUCGUGAAGAAGAUCACUGACUUGAAAGUCGCAAACUCAUCAGAGAAACUGCGCUUUGGUAUUUGGGUCGAGCCGGAAAUGGUCAAUCCCAAGUCGACUCUGUAUGACGAACAUCCCGACUGGGCUUUGCAUGCAGGAUCCUACCCUCGCACCGAGGUCCGCAACCAGCUUGUGCUGAACCUUGCCCUUCCCGAAGUUCAGGACUACAUCAUCAAGGCUGUCUCCGACAUUCUCGAGAGCGCGGAUAUCACCUACGUCAAGUGGGAUAACAACAGAGGCAUGCACGAGGUGACUUCCCCAGCCACCCACCACGCCUACAUGCUCGGUAUGUACCGUGUCUUCGAUACGUUGACCAGCAAGUUCCCCGAUGUCCUCUGGGAGGGCUGUGCCUCGGGCGGAGGCCGUUUCGACCCAGGUGUACUGCAGUACUUCCCGCAGAUCUGGACAUCAGAUGACACGGAUGCCGUCCAGCGCAUCUCCAUCCAGAUGGGUACCUCUCUUGCCUACCCGGCCAGUGCGAUGGGCGCCCAUCUGUCCGCCGUGCCAAACCAGCAGACGGGCCGUACAGUUCCUGUGUCUUUCCGCGGCCAUGUUGCGAUGAUGGGCGGAGGCUUUGGUCUGGAACUUGAUCCGGCUGAAAUGCCAGAGGAUGAUAAGGCCGCUUUGCCAGGACUCAUUGCGCUCGCGGAGAAGGUGAGCCCGCUUGUGCUCAAUGGUGAUAUGUGGCGGUUGAAUCUUCCGGAGGAAUCGAACUGGCCCGCGGUUUUGUUUAUCUCCGAGGAUGGUCAGCAGGCUGCGUUGUUCGUCUACCACGUCGUUCCCAAUAUCAACUUCGCCUACCCGCGCAUCAGAUUGCAGGGUCUGGAUGCGCAGGCCUCGUACAAGGUCGAUGGUGAUGCGGUCUACACUGGCGCAACCUUGAUGAACCUUGGUCUGCAGUUCCCCUUGGAGGGUGAAUUUGCCAGUCAGGUGGUGAUGUUGGAGAAGCAAUGA